UCAAGAGAGGAAAGAAAGGCGUUGAAGAUAAACUGGACUGGAACUGAAUCUAGAGAAUUAGCAGCUGCCCCACAAUUUUCAGAUGCCACGGGCUCGACACUGAGCUUGCGCUUGAGUGGCGGCCGAGGGGGGAGAGAACUCUUCUUGGCAGCGGAAGAUGAUCCCAUGGAGUUUGUAUCUGAUGCUGGCGUUGGAGGCGCAUUCUCCUUGUUUGAUUUGAGCUUCCGACUGCUAGGGCUUUGUGUGGUCGGCCUCGAUUUAGGGCAUCACGAAAUUCUUCGUGUUGGAGGCGAGGUAAGAAGAGAAUUUGUGCACGAGGAGAGACAGCUUGGAGUGCUU